GGGAGUUGGUAAGUGAAAACUGAAAACUUGAAAAUCCUCGGUUGACUCGAAAGCAAAACAAAGAAGCAUCUAUGUUUGUCUUCUCACUCUGAAACGUUUUGAACAUAGAAGCAGCGAUGGCACACGUUAGCAACAUGGCUAAGGGCAUUCAGAGCGGCAUUUUCUAUAGCAAUCUCCCUAGGACGGAGAAACCCAGAGCUUCUCUAUGCCGCAUUUGGUUGGGAUCAGAAACUAAAAGCUUGCCUUUUGGUGGUCGCAAGUAUGGGAAGAUUGCUGCAGGUUCCAUUGUUUCUGUUAGGGUUCCUCUUAGGGUGUUUUCAGCUUCUGCAUCUGUUAUCACCUCUGAGAAGCCGUCAUCGGCAUCGGAGAUAGUUUUGCGGCCUAUCAAGGAUAUCUCCGGUACUGUCAAGCUCCCUUGUUCCAAGUCUUUGUCAAAUCGAAUUCUCCUCCUCGCCGCACUUUCGGAGAAAUGAAGUCAUUUUGGAGAUCUGACAUCGGCUUUCAACAAUCAAAUCCAAUGAAAACAUACAAGUAUGGAGGACGAAAUCCGAUCUCUCAACAAUCAACUCAGGAAUGGAGGCAACUAAGGGCACGACAUGGUAAUGUUGUUGGUAGGUGAUUCAACAACCUAAUUAGCAUAACAGAAGAAACUGGACUCUACAUGCCUCCAUAUGAUUGAACUGACCUCGCCUCCAUUGAGCGGUACCUUGGAGCCAAGGCCCAAGGGAGCUAAGCGAAGUCAAUGCUAGGGCCGUAAGAAAGAAACUCAGAUGAUGUUGGAUUAGAGGGUUCCUAAAAUGAAGCAACUAUAGUCACGUAGCUUCCAGUUCCAGCUUUCUAGGUCUCCAGGCAGCCACCAAAACUAAUCAAUCAUCCAUGGUCUAAAAAGGUAGCAACUUUAGCAAAUUGAUCUCUUGUCCUUUUCACCCCCGAGACCACUUGACCCAUUGCUGUCUUCACGUUAUUCAGACCAGGUAUCCAAUGGAUACACACUACAGUGUGUUCACAUGGAUAAGCGUCAAGAUAUAAAGUCUAACAACAAUAAUUGAGCUCAGUUAAAAAAAGCCUUUUCUUUUGGGUGGUAGAAAAUUCUGGCCCUCGAAUUGGAAGGUGAGAUUUUCGGGGAGACCUGUACUUUUUAACUUUAAAGACCAUUUUCCUUUCUAUCUAGGGGUAAUAGCAUACAAGGGUAACUUUUGGGGUUUAAUAUCAAUAAAAGUAAUAUAUUUAAAAAAAUUUCAAAAAUAG